AUUUGUGAAUUUGUAGAGGAUACUGUGAGAAAAGCUUCUUGGCUCUUCUGUGCUUGUGGCAAAUAAGUUGGAAUAUUUUUACAAAAUUGUGUCCCCAUAAGCACUGGGGAAAAGAAAACCUCAUUUUUGAACCAAGGCCUAAAUUGGCACAGCAGGGGCUGGAGCCAAGACAAAACUAUUUGCUCGCUUGCUCCUUUCUGCUGGUGCUGAGGAAUUCCAUGUUUGCCAGCUUCACACAGGCCAUUUGCUCACUGGGAAAGAUUGGGCAACCCGCAGUCCACCAUCACUAGCUGCAUAGCUGUGAUUUGGCAGAUCCCUUUGGUGUUUUUCCAUUGGUUGGUGCAUGCGUAACUUGGAUCCAUACUGAAGAAUACAGCUGUGGGGUGAUGGAAAUUGAAAGCAGGCUGUACAUUUACCUGCUCGCAGCAGGAGUGUCUUUACUGGUGAUCCUGCAAGCUGUGAAUGGUCAACAGGUUCCCCCCAUCCACGGUCCCCCCUCGGCACCAGUGCAACCCUAUCCUGGAACCAACAUGGAUCCCAAUGCUAGGUUCGGACAGCAACACGGUGGUGACCAACAACAGGUCGGAUAUUUUACCAAAAAUAAUCAGCUGAAUCCUGCCAACGACACGAGGCUUCAGCAGCAAGAAACAUCUUCUCCACUAUCCGGAGGUGCUGCUCAAUCCGCAGGAAGAAAUCCCAGUGAUGAACCCAGCGCAGCGUCAGCCGGAAGUCCCCAAGAAGCACCUCCGGAAGUCUUCAUCGCCGGGAUCGGACUUUUAACUGCGGCCCUUCACUUCCUCAUGUAACAGACCAUAAAAAUACCCUUACCUCAAUCAAGGGUUGCGUAAAAAAUUAAAGUGCACAAUAUUUGGGUCCUUGAGCGUGCAAAAGGCAAAGACUGAUUCAAAACAAAAAAGACCCGUUUUUGCUCCACGCAGAGUUAAUUAGAGCUGAUUAAAUUCUGCUCUCAUAUUUGCAUGUAAGUAAACGAGUGCAUUUUCUCAUUUUCUUGACGUUGUGUGAGUGUGUUUAAUACAAACUUUACGCGUUGUACAGGAAAUAAAUUUUUUUCAUCAAAUGAACAAUUCCGGGGAAAAGGAAUGAAAAUUCGGAGACCCUGGAGUGCUUUAAAAAAUGCCGAUUAGAAACUUGACCAUCAUGAUAUGCAAUGUUCAGCAUCAAUAACAUCACCAUCAUGACGGAAAAUAAUUUCGAUUUCGAACCAGUUUGAGAAAAUUUACAAUAAUUUUUAUUCAUAUCAUGAAUGAAUUGCAUUGAUUCUAGCAGCUUUUCUUUUCGAAGAUCAUUGAUCCUGAUGCAGAUUUUGAAUAUAUUCCUUUAUAAUGUUCUUCAACCACGAUUGAUCAAUAAUUGAUGGAUGAAUUCCUAAAACCUCCCUCUAGACAUUUGAAAAUUGGAGAUUAUUAUCAUGAACCAUUCAUUUGACGAAGUUCCAUUACAGGUGUGCACGAACAUCGGAAGACUUCACUAUCAUUGAAGCCAUUAAUGUGCCAAAUCCAUUGAAUAAAACGGCGCGGCCCAAUGGUGUUUCACACGGGAAUCGCCAAAUACAGCAUGCGCAAAGUUUCCAUUGGUUUCAUAAAUAUCCGAAAUUUAAACCCUAGUGUGGUACACACACGAUACAUCAAAAAAUAAAAUAAAAGAGGACACCACGCAACUCCUUAAAUCGGCGUUAUAAACCCUCAAGAAUUUCCCCACACAUGUGUCAAUCAUUUUUUCAUUCAAGAUUAUUCACAGCGUCAUCAAUAAAACCAAAUUUCGAAUGCAUGUAAGAGGUUCAUCCAUGAAGUUAAGAGAUUCAAAAUUGGGUUAAUGAGCAAUUAUUUGACUUUUUCGGAUAGAUAAAAAACCUUUUAAUCUAUUCUUGCGUCUCAGCAAAAGCAUCAAAGCGGGCACAAAAGUUUUAAUUAGAAUCUGACAUUCAAAGGAUAGCAUUUGAUUGAUUUACCGACAGAAAUGCCAAUUCUCAACGAAAUCCUUCUCAUAAUAGACGGUUUUCUCAAGAAAAGUUCCUGGCAAAAUGUUUUUAUAGUAGAAUAUUCUUUUUAAUACAAGCGUAGUAAGAGCAAUGAAAACUGUAUCAACGCAGAAAAGAGGAG